UAACAGCGCAUAAGGAGUGUUUGAUAUAAAUCGGUUGUGCGCUUAUACAACAACGCCUUUACAAUUAUGGAUAUCAAGUUGAAAUUUACUGUAAUAGCUGUAAUAGUUUGUGCAGUUUUAUGUUUAGCUGUAGUUUUAGCACUAGUUACGACUAUGCCCGAUUUGCCACCAACUGUCAGAAAUGAUAAAAUUUGUCUGCCAAGUGAGUUUGGAACUCUUAAAUGCGGCACAACAGCGGAUCGUCUACACGAGUAUUUAGAAACAACAAUUGCAACGCAAUAUGAUGAAAUCAAAACAAAAGACAAAGAGCGACAACAAGAACACCUUGAUAAAAAUAUAGUUCGCUUAAUGAGCAUCUACGACAAGGCAUUCUGGGAAAUGAAGCCAGCCGCUAAACUCACUGGAAAAGAACAGCCUGACACAAGAAAAGGUGAUAUCGGUGCUGACAUGGUGCCUGUAAGAGAAUGGUGCCAUGGCAGAGAACUUUACGACACAAGCGGGUUCGAAAGAUACGGCAUUCGAUACAGAAAUGGUCGUUUGGUCGUACCAGUUGAUGGCACAUAUUUCAUCUAUUCUUAUAUCGAUUUAUUUGAGUCAUGUAAUCCAUCAACGGGGAAGCCCAAUGUCAACGAUACCACUAAACCUAUUAAGCAUGGCAUCUUUAAAUUUAAUAUUCUUGAUGGGGAGGAAAUGGAAUUAGUUUCAAAUGUACAACCACACACGGUUUCGAGUAACAGAUACUUCAAUUCGUACAGCAGCUAUGUCUCGUCACUUGUAGACCUCAAAGCUGGUGAUGAACUUUCUGUAAAGGUUAUAUCUAAUGAGUACGAAAGAAUAAAGCACGAAGAUGAAGAAAGACAACAAAAAUAUCUGGAUGAAAACAGAGUCCGCUUGAUGAGCAUUUAUGACAAAUACUACUGGGAGAUGAAACCUGCAGCUAAGGUGACUGGGAAAGAGCAUCCGGAUCUUAGAGAGGCUGAUGUUGGUCAGGAAAUGACACCAAUCAGAGUAUGGCGACACGGCCGAGAACUCUAUGACACAAGUGGCUUUCUAAGAUACGGUAUCCGGUACAGAAAUGGACGGCUAGUUGUACCGGUUUCCGGAACAUACUUUAUCUAUUCCUUUGUUGACUUCUUUGAGCCGUGUAACCCCAAAACGGGAAAACCAAACAUAAGUGAUGCAAACAAACCAAUAAAACAUGGAAUCUAUAAAUUCAACAUUCUUUCUGAGUUAGAAACGGAAGUAGUUUCAAACCUGCAGCCUCACACUGUUUCCGGAAACAGAUAUUUCAAUUCCUACAGUAGCUACGUUUCAUCACUUGCUGAUCUAAAAGCUGGCGAUGAAAUAUCUGUAAAGGUUAGCAACUUAACGUAUCUGAAGUAUACAAGAGAUAAUUACUUUGGCUUAAAUUUGAUAUGACGCGACAUGAAAUAUGUAAAUUCACAGACUUUGAAAGACAUCUUUAUACACAGAGCUGUCUCAGUUCGUAUUUUCAUUUUCAGGAUAUUGUUAUUUUGUUUCAUUCUGCAUUUGUUAUUAUUUCUUGAUAUUUCUAUGAUAGCUGUUAGGAACACAUAACAUUUUUUUGUUAUUAUUCAUGUAUCUAUUUAUUCAACAUUUUAUACAAAUGCGACUUCGGGCACUUUUAUAUAAGUUUGAGAUUAUUUCACAAUCAGGUUCAUUUUAAAUUGUUUUGCAUAACCAUUAUGUGCAUAUACCAUCGUGAUUCGCAAUCUUUCUGCUCACUGCACUGUAAACUUGAUGUGAUUCUGAUCAUACAGUCAGUCAGGAGUUACGCUACUUCGAAAGAACCCGGCGCACGGUGAUCAUAUUUUAACGACGUCGCGCCUUCAUUGAGAUGCUUUCAUUUGGUUUGCAUUAUUCAAUAUUUGUAAAUUUCUUUUAUUAAUUUUGAUGAACAACACUUAAGCCAUAAUGAGUUGUUUGGUUAGAAUACUGAAAAGUAUGAACACUUAUGCCAAGCAUCCCAGACAUGUGUACUUGGUCUUUAUCCAAGGCGUCAUUCAUUGACGAUAACGCUCACGGAUUUUUUGUUUUCGCCCUUCACCUUCGCUGUCUUUAAGCAAGUAUGGGACAUUUGCGAAUCGUUUGUACCACUUGAAAAAUCAGGACACAAAUGAUCGAACAUUUUUGUGGCGUCUGCUUCAUUAGUUUAUAAAUGACAGUUGCUUUUCACCAAAAUUUCUUUCUACAUAACAAACAACCGCCUGAUUAUCUAAGCGAGUCGAUGACGACAUAACAUGCAUUAUAAACAGUGAAACUCACUUACUUAAAAUGUUGUUUACUUUCGCCUCCUACGUCCGAAUGAUGGCACACUCUAGGUGCAUGUCGCACUGACGUGUUGCUGCACUUCGACGUAUUUUUCUGGCGCAGUGCUAAUAAUUAUAGCGAUAAUAGAUAAUUAUUAGCGAUAAAAUUUAAAUCAUGUCAGACAAAAGGCGACUGCGCCGGUAAUGCGUAGCUAUGGUAAAUAAAACGUUCAACGCUCUUCGCCUAUCAGCAAAAAGGUUACAAAGACAUAUGACCAAAUACGAGAAAGAUUGCAAAUUACAAUGAUAUUAUAUUUCACACAGCUGUUGACACAAUGACCAUUAUGUGCAAUAAAGAGCCAGGUCUAGUCAA